UUUGGGGCGACCAUCUCGCCGGUCUUCUUGCGGUCCUUCGCGUGGCAGUGGUAAACAAAUAUGGCGGAAGUGCUGAGCGCUUCUUUCGGUGUUUCUCUGAGGUUUCCAGUGAUUUUCUCUCUUUAAACCCCAAAGCGUUUUGAGCUGGAUGUUUCCGGGGGCUGGUCUCGUUGCGAGGCGGUAGAAUGAGCGGCUGGGCGGGUUUUUCCGAAGAGGAGCUGCGGAGAAUCCAGCAGAAAGACUCCGCUGGACCUCCUGCUGCUCCCCGCGGCAGGAGGCCGCCGACAUCCAGCCGGAGCCGGCAACAGAUGCAGCGGGAGAGAGCGCUUCAGUUAGCCGGCUCACAGACCCUCCUGCCGGGGCAACAGCUCAGCAAACCACCGCUGACGAUGGAAGGUCAGCCUCCGGACCGGACAGAAGCUCCUGCUGCCGGGCAGGAGAAGCAGCAGAAAGCCGCUGACAUGAAGCAGAAUCACCGCCCGAAAGCAGAGGAGAAGGAGGAGGAGAUGCCUGUGGUGAAAGAGCUGGAGAAGCAGGAGGUGGAGAUGAGAGAAAAGACGCGUCUGGAGCAGCUGCAGCAGGAGCAGAAAGUUAUCGAGGAGAGGAACAAGCUGACCAAAGCACUUCUGGCUAAAACGAUCGCUGAGAAGUCCAAACAGACCCAAGCCGAGGCGGUGAAGCUGAGGCGGAUCCAGAAGGAGUUGCAGGCGCUCGACGACAUGGUGUCCAACGACAUCGGCAUCCUGCGGGGCCGGAUAGAGCAGGCCAGCUGGGACUACAGCGCCGCCAGGAAGCGUUAUGAGAAGGCCGAGGCCGAGUAUGUGGCGGCCAAGCUGGACCUGCACAGGAAGACGGAGGUGAAGGAGCAGCUGACCGAGCAUCUGUACGCCAUCAUCCAGCAGAACGAGCUGCGGAAAGCCUGCAAGCUGCAGCAGCUGAUGCAGGAGCUGCAGCUGCAGGAGGAGCUGCAGCAGCAGGAGCUGCAGCAGCAGGAGCUGCAGCAGCAGGAGCUGCAGCAGCAGGAGCAGAGCAGAGCCGACGCCACAGAAGCUCAGAGGGACGGCAGCGGUGAGGCGGCAGCGCCAUCAGCCCUCGGCGGCGCUGAGCUGCUCCAGCAGGAGGCGCUGGACCAACCGAACACAGAACCAGACUGUAAACGGUCAGAAAACUGUGAUGAGGCUCGACCUUUGACCUCCUGACGCUCAGAGCAGAGGAUCAUCUUCCUCAUGUGGCUCCAUCACCAGAAGCGGGUUUUAUUCUGUUGACCUCUGCUACAGCGCCCCCUUCAGGCAGGGCAGGUUCACCUGGAGGACUGCAGGUGUUUCAGGAAGUUUAAAGGAAACUUCUGGAUAUUUUCUGUUUGGAGUCACUUUAUGUUCACUGUAAAAACUGACUAUCUGUUUGAGUUUACCUGCAAUAAAAUGAAACUAACUAGAAGCUUUUCAGCUUCCAAUGUAAGUUUAGGUUGAUAAACUUACAUUAAUGUUGGUGAAACUAUUUUAGUUCCACUGAUGGAUUAUUUCACUUAUUGAUGGGAAAAAGCCUCGCUAUAAAUGAAAUGAUCAGCCAUUGGAACUAGAACUUCUUAUUGAUAUUAAGGAAUUAUUGAUUCAUAAUCAGCUGUUUGCAGAUAUUUGUUCUAGAAACUGGAACAAACUAGUUGUGUUUUUACAGUGCAGAUUUAAUGGAACAUCCAGUUUGUUCCAAACUCUUAAAAAUUUGACAGAUUUUUUAUAAAUAUAAUAAAACACUACAAUAAAUAUCCAGUUUUAGUCUAAACUCUUUAUUUAAUUGUAUUUCAUUUCUUGCAGUUUUAUUCAGUUUUUUUCUGGUAGAACUUUCAGCAGAUUCUUUGUUUUACAGUAAAAUAUGAUCAAAUCAUUUCCGGGUUGCAGGUCAGGCUUGUGGACGCUCAGGUAAAUGGGAUGGUUGCCAUGGCGACACGUGGUUCUGGUUCUGUCGGCUGAAGACACGACAUGAAAAUCAUUUCCUUCAAUAAACGGUUGUAACACUGA